AUGACUUCCGCUGCUUCGAAUCCCAACCAGGCCAACCCGCCAACCCUCCAAAUCAACAACCCAACAUCCCCGCCCAGCAAGCGCGAUCUCAAAUCAUGGUGGAAGGGUUUCAAACUCCCUUCAAAGCAUCAGGAACCCCAGGAAACCCGACCACAAGGCAUCUUCGGUGUGCCUUUAAGGCAAAGUAUAACGUACGCAAAUGUUGCCAUCUCGCUCAUCGAUGAAAAGGGGCAGAGUUACAUUUACGGCUAUGUACCCAUUGUCGUUGCAAAAUGUGGCGUCUUUCUCAAAGAAAAAGCUACCCACGUCGAAGGAAUUUUCCGUCUUAGCGGUUCGGAAAAGAGGAUAAAGGAGCUAAAAACCAUAUUCGACUCUCCUGAUAGAUACGGAAAGGGUCUUGUCUGGGAUGGAUACACGGUACACGAUGCUGCCAAUGUUCUGCGACGAUACCUCAACGAUCUCCCCGAACCUGUCGUCCCCCUCGACCUGUACGAGAAAUUCCGCGACCCCCUCCGAGGCGCAACCAAGCAAGCUGUAGGCGACGCAGAGGGCCCUCAGUUUGUGGAAAACUUCAACGAGAAAGCAGCUAUUAUACAGUAUCAGCGGCUCAUCACUGAGCUCCCCCCUUUAAACCGACAGCUGCUUCUCUACAUUCUCGAUCUCCUUGCUGUUUUUGCGGCUAAAGCAGACGAGAAUCGCAUGAACUCACAAAACUUGGCAGCCAUCUUCCAGCCAGGUAUGCUUUCACACCCGGCACAUGCUAUGGCUCCCGAGGAAUACCGACUCAACCAAUGUGUAAUCAUUUUCUUGAUUGAAAACCAAGACCAUUUCCUUAUUGGUAUGCAAGGCACUGCUGCAGAUGAAAAGACCAAGAAGGAGGUGGAGUCUGGCACUCCUAGCGGUCCUCUCACCCCGCAACCGGUUCGACAAACAAGUCUAGGUCGAUCAGCAUCAAACGCCAGCGCAGGUGCCAACAGCGUCCGACGAGAUGGGAAGCUUCGAAGAAACCGAUCGGUGUCAUCGCGGAACUCCAGGAAUGAUGGAAGCUCCACGCCCAACAGUCCAGCCUUGACAGCAACACCGACAACAGGUGGGUUGGCCAGGAGUAACACAGUACCGUCUAAGAAGUCACCCGCUAUCGGGGCUGGCCGGUUCCAGAGGCACGAUGGGUCAGGCCCUCGUUCCCCUGCCCACCUCGAGCCCCUGACUCAGGUUAACGCCACAGAGAGUAUAGAUCAGUCUCCUCAAUCGACACGAUCAAACGAUUUUGUUUCCGGAGGCUACCUUACCCCAACCAAGGCUACGAACACAGGCCGUAGCCAUGAGAGACUUCUUGAAGUGCCGUCAGAGUCUUCUACACCAUCCAAGGAGCGAAAUAUUCCCAACAUCUUCCGUGGAUUGCCCAAUACCGACACUGGGGACAAGAGACAACCUAACAAACUGAAGAAGAAAAGGAUACCUGGAAGUUUAAACCCAAGCGCACAUAGUUCUGCUGCUUCCUUGCCAUAUACAUACCAAAAUGCAGCAUCGACAUCUCCUGGGGCAGAACUCCCCAACCCCAUGGACCACCCGCAGUAUUACGAGUCGGAGAGUCAUGUAUUGCCGCAACAACCUGCUCCAAUUCUAGAAGAGCGACACCAAGAGGUAUUGGAGCAGCAACAGCAGCCCCAGACGCAGUCGAACGACCGACUGCUGGGACAAAAUCCCCAGGAGGCUCAAUCCGCACCGGGUUCUCUUACACAACAGAAAAGUGAUGUUUCAUCUGAGCAUACCCCUAGAGUAUCGCAAGCGUCGUCAAACCAAAGCCUUCACCCCGACAACACACUGAAAUCCAAAAAGUCGCCACCGACAUCCUUGCAUUCGUCUUUUAACGAAGGCUCGGAUUUGGAUCAGAUUCUUGAUGAGCAAUCCGUCGGUACUGUGGAUCAGUCAGAGAAGGAAAGAAAGAGACGUUGGAGAUUAUCAAGGAGUAGAAAUGCCGACAGCGUCUCAUCUGCUGGGGUCACCUCACCCCGCUUGGGCCUCGGGCAGAACGAUAACGGCGACGUCAGCAACUUGUCAAUCUCAAGCUCUGGCCACAGGCCUCGGAAAAGCGAGAGCUCAGACCGGCCUUACAUGCCUGGAGAGGCCCAAGGUAGCUUCGAUCAAGGCAGAGAGAGUGAUUCCAAAGGUCCUAUAGGAUGGAUCAGAAGCAAGUAUCGUGAAGCAAAGGAAAGCGCCGAACAAAGGAGGGCCAAGUCUCCUCCUCCUGCCGACCGUCCUGGCUUGGGUGCUACAAGCUUCCCACCUCGAGGAAAGAGUUUGGAACUCAGGAGAGAUGAGCCGCAGCAUGCUUCACUAGCAGCCAUAGCCGAUGCUCCAGCUGUUGCCUCCACCACGGCCGCAGUUGCAGGCCCAACAGUGACAACGGCCUCUACAGGGGCACAACCCCCUCAGGCAGCCACAGUUACAAUGGUUCAGCCUGAACCUAGAUCGCCGGUUCAGCAAACCCAUGCUCAAGCCCAAUCACCGCCGCCAGCUCAGAUUCAAGCUCAGGCUUCACCGGCAUUGCUAACUCAAAUUCAAACCGGACCUCAGGCUCAGGUUCAGUCGCCAAUCCAGUCUCCAGUUCAAAAUGGGCCUCAGUCGCCCGUGCAGCCUCAACCUGAGCCUAGAGCCCAGGCGACACCACAAAAGCCUCAGGUUCCACAGUACCCUCAAAAGAUUAUCUCUAUGCUUGAUGUCGACACCGUGCCGGCUACGACUCCAGUGUCAUCUCCAGUCUCAGCUCAGGCCCCGGCUAGCGUUUCUGCAACUACACAGCCUCGGGAACAACCUCAGCCUGAACUUCCAAAAGAGCCGAUGCUGGAGGAGAAGCCAAUUCAAGCCACCGAACAAGCGCCUAUGACAUCACCUAUAUCAUCACCAAUAGAGCAGACACGUGCUGAGCAACAGGAAAUUAAGCCAGAGCCAGAGGCACCGAAACAGGAACAAUAG